GUUGUGACCUCAUUCCGGUCCAGUAUCUCAGAUGGGGUGACCCCGAACCAAUUGCAGCAGUUGUUUUUGCAUGCCUAGGUUUGCUGGCCACGUUGUUUGUCACCGUUAUAUUCAUAAUGUACCGUGAUACUCCAGUGGUCAAAUCAUCCAGCCGAGAACUUUGCUACAUCAUUCUAGCUGGCAUCUGCUUGGGUUACUUGUGCACUUUCUGUCUCAUUGCAAAACCUCAACAGAUUUACUGUUAUCUUCAACGAAUUGGCAUCGGCCUCUCCCCAGCUAUGAGUUAUUCUGCUCUAGUAACUAAAACCAACCGCAUUGCAAGAAUCCUGGCUGGAAGCAAAAAGAAAAUUUGUACAAAGAAACCUAGGUUCAUGAGUGCCUGCGCCCAACUGGUCAUUGCAUUUAUCUUGAUAUGUAUACAAUUAGGCAUAAUUGUUGCCCUCUUUAUAAUGGAGCCACCAGAUAUAAUGCAUGAUUAUCCAAGCAUCCGAGAAGUCUACCUGAUUUGUAACACCACCAACCUGGGCGUUGUAACACCCCUUGGAUAUAAUGGAUUAUUAAUCCUGAGUUGCACCUUUUAUGCAUUUAAGACAAGAAAUGUCCCAGCUAAUUUCAAUGAAGCAAAGUAUAUUGCCUUUACUAUGUAUACCACCUGCAUCAUUUGGCUGGCUUUUGUGCCAAUCUAUUUUGGAAGCAACUACAAGAUAAUCACCAUGUGUUUCUCGGUGAGCCUGAGUGCCACAGUGGCCCUCGGCUGUAUGUUUGUGCCCAAGGUCUAUAUCAUCCUGGCUAAGCCCGAGAGGAACGUACGCAGCGCAUUCACCACAUCGACUGUGGUCCGCAUGCACGUAGGGGAUGGAAAGUCAUCUUCAGCUGCAAGCCGUUCAAGCAGCCUGGUGAACCUAUGGAAAAGAAGGGGAUCAUCGGGUGAAACCCUUAGGUACAAAGGCAGGAGACUGGCCCCGCCCAAGUCGGAAAUAGAGUGUUUCACCCCAAAAGGGAGUAUGGGGAAUGGUGGGAGAGCUACAAUGACCAGUGAAGAAUCUAUUUCCAUUCCAGACUGUAAUCGAUCUGAGUCAAGUAGAGAGGAGAAAAAGGUUCCUGUUAAAGAGGAUGCCCUAACAGUCGAAAAGACUGGAAACUGUGUCAGUCUAAUAGUUCCACAGCAAGACUGUCAGCUGCAAGACCUACUCAAACACUCUAAUGGGAAAUCAGUUUCCUGGGCCCAGAAUGAGAAAAGCAGCAGAGGAGCACACCUUUGGCAGCGGUUGUCAGUCCACAUCAACAAAAAAGAGAACCCAAAUCAAACUGCAGUGAUCAAGCCUUUUUCUAAAAGCACAGAUAGUAGCCGACACAGUAGCAGUGCUACGUUUCCCGAGGCCAGUGCCAAAACACUUUAUGAGGUUUCAGAAGCAGAAGAGCAAUAUCCAGCUCAGUACCAACCGCAGAGUCCCUCGCCUAUCAGCACCCUGAGCCACAGAACUGCCUCCGUUAGCCGAACAGAAGACGAUGCUCCUACCUUCCAGUCAGAGCCUCCUCAGCGAAGUAGCUCCUCUCAAGGCUCCCUCAUGGAGCAGAUCAGUAGCGUGGUUACUCGCUUUACCGCCAAUAUCAGUGAGCUGAACUCGAUGAUGCUUUCAACGGCCAGUCCAGGGACAAUGGUGGCCACUCCUCUCUGCUCUUCAUACCUGAUUCCACGGGAAAUCCAGCUCCCUACUACAAUGACCACGCUUGCAGAGAUCCAACCGCUUCCUGCCAUUGAAGUCAAUGGCGCUUCACAGUCAACUAGGAAACCUUCAAAUGGCAGCGUCAAAGAAGGCACUUCAGAGGGCCCAUCAGCCAAGCAAGAUCUUGAGGAGUUGGUAGCUUUAACUCCUCCUUCUCCUUUUAGAGACUCUAUCGAUUCUGGAAGUGCAUCUCCCAGCUCUCCCGUUUCUGAAUCAGCUCUCUGUAUCCCAUCCUCCCCAAAGUAUGACACUCUCCUCAUCAGAGAUUAUACUCAAAGUUCUUCUUCGCUGUGA